CGGUAAUCCUCCGCCCCGUUAAGUAGUCCCGCCCAGGAUGCCUCUGAUUCAUACUCUACCACCUCCAGAGGCCUUUAGGAGAUAAGAAAUGAGCCUCGGAUAUACAUCUUCUUUCCGUUCGAAAGGCAAUAUAGGUUUCGCAGUCAAGCCCCCUCCACAGAUUCCUCCGCCAGGAAGAGCCGCUGAGCCUUCACUUCCGGGUCCGCCAUUUUGUUGCUUCCAUUUCUCCCGGAGGGGGGGGGGUAAAGGCCCCCAAAAUAUGCAUAUAUGAAAAGGCCAAAAAGUAACUGCCACUGACAGGGAGUCAAGUUGAGAAGGAAACGGGACCAAACUGGCGGGCUCGGCGCAAGCGCAGCCGGCGACGUCCCGGACGAAGAGCUAUCUGAGAACCUUUUUUCCUAUGCAUAAAGAUGUCUUUGGUGGACUUGGGGAAGAGGUUGCUGGAAGCAGCAAGAAAAGGGCAAGAUGAUGAAGUGAGAACAUUAAUGGCAAAUGGUGCCCCAUUCACCACAGACUGGCUUGGAACAUCACCCCUCCACCUCGCAGCCCAGUAUGGUCAUUAUUCCACAGCAGAAGUGCUCCUUCGAGCAGGCGUAAGCAGGGACGCACGGACCAAAGUGGACAGGACCCCCUUGCACAUGGCUGCAGCUGAUGGACAUGCACACAUCGUGGAACUGCUUGUUAGGAAUGGUGCAGAUGUGAAUGCCAAGGACAUGCUGAAGAUGACAGCUUUGCACUGGGCCACAGAGCACCACCACCGAGAUGUUGUGCAGUUACUCGUCAAGUACGGAGCAGAUGUCCAUGCUUCCAGCAAAUUUGAUAAAUCUGCCUUUGACAUAGCAUUAGAGAAUAACAAUGCUGAGAUUUUGGUCAUCCUCCAGGAAGCAAUGCAGAAUCAGGUGAAUGCUAAUCCUGAGAGAGGCAACCCUGUGACUAACCCUGUGGCUAUGGCUGCUCCGUUCAUCUUCACAUCAGGGGAGGUUGUUAAUCUUGCUAGCCUUGUUUCUUCAGACAACACCAAAACCACCUCAGGUGACCCCCACGCCUCCGCAGUACAGCUCUCAAAUUCUACCACCUCAGUGCUGGCCACUCUCGCAGCGCUUGCUGAAGCAUCAGCGCCCCUCUCCAGUUCACACAGAGCCACAGCCAAUUCAGAGGAAAUUGUGGAGGGAAAUUCUGUUGACUCAUCAAUCCAGCAAGUGGUGGGGAGUGGAGGCCAGAGGGUCAUCACCAUAGUGACUGAUGGAGUCCCUCUGGGUAAUAUCCAAACUGCAAUCCCGACUGCAGGCAUUGGCCAGCCGUUUCUUGUAACUAUGCAAGAUGGACAGCAAGUUCUAACUGUACCUGCUGGUCAGGUUGCAGAAGAGACUGUAAUUGAAGAGGAAGAGGAAGAAGAAGCAGAAAAGUUGCCAGUUACAAAGAAACCAAGGAUAGAAGAGAUGACACACAGUAUGGAAGAAAGAAAGGAAGGCAGUGAAAGAGAGCUACUGCAGCAGCAACUCCAGGAGGCCAAUCGAAGAGCCCAGGAAUACCGACACCAGCUCCUGAAGAAAGAGCAGGAGGCAGAACGGUACCGUCUUAAGCUGGAGGCUAUGGCUCGACAGCAGCCCAAUGGGGUUGAUUUCACCCUGGUCGAAGAGGUGGCUGAGGUAGAUGCUGUAGUAGUCACAGAAAGGGAGGGAGAAGAAAGAGAAGCAGAAGUGACUGGGUCAGGAAAGACCACAGAGUCCCACACGGGAGCUUCCUUGGAAGCGGUUUCAUCUUAAUAUGCAAAUACCACAACUUGCACCUGUGUUCAUCUUAUUACAUUUUUAAAAAAGAAAAUACAGAAGACAAAUGUAUAAAAAUUAAGAACAUCCUUAAGAAGAAAACAAUAGCAGGGUACAAUGCUUGGGCUCAGGAAGGCUCUCUAUGCAACUGGAAAAUUAAAGCCAUAUUUAGGAAACACUUCUUCAGAGGGACCAAGUGAAUAAGGACCACAUUCUUAGCACACGCUAUUACCUUAAGUGUAGACAUAAAGACUGCUGGGUAUUGUCGGUAGACUUUUUUUUUUUUUUUCUUUUUUAAAGAACUGGCUUUCAAAAGAUUUUACACUCCUAAAUACAUACAUACCAAGAGUCUUUAGUAACUAUACCAUCAAGUGACCUGAAAAUUUGCCUUAGAUUUAUGAUGUGUAUCUGUUAGAGAUUUAUGAUGUGUGUCUAUUGGGGAAGGAGAUUAAAAGGAAGUUUUGGGCUAGAGAAAAGGAAUAUAUUCCACUUCCAAAGGAGCAGGCACUCCUAGUUAUUCUCAUUGAAAAGAGAUUUGUGAUUUCCAGAAAAAUGUGUGUCCAUGUGUAUCCAUAGUUCAGAUGCCACUUUAAGACACUGAAAGAGAGUUUUUAAGAACUAGAGGAGAGGGCCGGCGCCUCGGCUCAAUAGGCUAAUCCUCUACCUUGUGGCGCCGGCACACUGGGUUCUAGUCCUGGUCGGGGCACCGGAUUCUGUCCUGGUUGCCCCUCUUCCAGGUCAGCUCUCUGCUGUGGCCCGGGAGUGCAGUGGAGGAUGGCCCAAGUCCUUGGGCCCUGCACCCGCAUGGGAGACCAGGAGAAGCACCUGGCUCCCGGCUUCAGAUCAGCGCAGUGUGCCGGCCGCAGUGGCCAUUGGAGAGUGAACCAAUGGUAAAGGAAGACCUUUCUCUCUGUCUCUCUCUCUCUCUCUCACUGUCCACUCUGCCUGUCAAAAUUUAAAAAAAAAAAAAACUAGAGGAGAGAACACUUGUUUAUGUGGGAGAAGUGUAUAUAUACCCAGAUCCUGCAGGCUGUGUUUUCCACAGUGCUGGAAAGUGGACAAAACAAGGCCUGUUGGACUAUGAAACUCCGACCUUUAGAUACAAACUUUGCUCUGACUGGAUUUUGUAAAUUCACAAUCAGGAGGGUAGUCUUGAUUCCAAACAUUUAUUUAUGUAAUAUCAAGCUCAGACUCUUGGAUUUUAUAAACCUUUGUCUCAGUGUCAUUCAGGUCAUAUGUGUGCUUUUCUGUGGAGCUGACAUCCUUUUAAUAAUCCAGUGUUCUCUUAAUGUGCAAAGGGUGACUGGGUGUGGGGGGCCAGAGUCGGGGAUGAACACUAAUGAUGUUGGGUAGCUUUGUUUCUGUUUGAUUUAGGAUAAGUAAAUUGCUCCCUGUCUUUAACCUUGGGCCUAACACAGAGCUUUGUGCUGUAUGGGUGCUCACUGUAUGUUGACAAAGGGAAUAAGAAUUAUCAGUGCCAUAAAGUAGGGAACCAAAGAUUCUGGCCUCUUUGUCUACCUUCAUCCUUUCUCUCUCACUAUGCCUGCUCACUCUGCCCAGAGACUUUGGGAAAACAUUUCAUUGCUUGGUUUUCUUUAUGUGUUAACAUGGAGUGUUUUCUAAGAACGGGCAUACAGAUAGAGAGAGGUUGUGGAAAGGUUACAUGACAGGGGCUAUUGCCUUUGAAAUUGGGUCCUCAUCAUUCUAAACGGGUUUGCUUCCUUUGUUGAAAGCUAGAAAAAGAAACCAGAGAGAAAUGUGCCAAGUAAACAUUUGAGUGACUGUUUAGAAUAUGGUUUUCUUAAUUAGCGAUUAUGGGAAAACAUGGAUUUUUAAUUUGGGAAAAAAAACUUGACAGUUAACAUGCUUCUGUUUACCUUGAUUAGUGAAGUGAUUUACUGCAGAUUUACUCCAGAGGUGCAGAACCAUUUUGGGUUCUAAAUAGACUGAAAACAUAAUUAAUCACUGAAACAAAAUUUAACAAACAGAAUUGACUAUUAGAAAUUUAUAGGCAAAAAAUACCAGUUUUGGACUUAAUCUUGGCUGUUGGCCACCUCAGCUAGGCUUUCUCCACAGAUCCGAGUCCUCAGCACUUCCCAGCUGAUCUGACAUCCUGCGUGCUGAGGAGCCCAGGUGAGGGUGAGGGUGAACUGGUGGUGUCUGCUGCCAAACCGUCUCCUUCCUGUAUUCAGUGUUUUCUUUUUUGUGAGUCUCUCUGGGGACUGGUGCUAUCGGGCUGCGAUAUAUGUGGCUGUUUUAGAGCCUUAGCUUAAUGUAUCAUUUGUUCAUGAUCGUGGUGCACAUGUUGACUUUAGUUCCUUUUUUUCCCUGUUACGGAAGUGGAGAUUGAUUGCAGAAGACACACAGGCCCAGCCACCUCACUGUCUGGGGUAGCUACAGGUGGAGGGCAGGAAUGUCCAUCCACCACUCCUCUCUGAGCCUUCGGACUCCCUACCCUUUUGGGAACCUGUUUAGGUCGUUCUUAUUCUCUUUCUAUAAAGCAGUCAUUCCCUGCCCCACUGGUAUCUCCAAUAUAGGCCAAGUCACUUUUGAUGAUAGGUUCUCUGUUAUAGGGGUCUGUUAGGGGGACACUGGAAUAGGGAAGGAGAGAGGAGAAAUGUCUAACAAGGGGCAGGUAGUAUCCCAGGGAAGGGAACUAGGAUCUGAUCUGUUGUAUUUGCCGUGGAGAGAAUGGUAGGUCAGGCUGCCUUGAAGUGGUUGGAAGUUGAAUAUCGAAUGUAUUAAUGGCGGUACCAUUUUAUUGCAGCUCUUUCUGAAUCAUUCAUGGAAGUUGGAAAACUUGCUUAAAUCUGGGUUAGGAGAUUCUAAGUGGUUUAUUGGCAAGGUUGCAUUAUAGGAAUUAAGUAACAGGUUGGUCCUUGAGCAGGAGACUUGGGGCUUUGUCUACUUUAGAGUUGUUUUAGGGACCGGCGCUGUGGCAUAGCGGGUAAAGCAGCCUGCCUGCAGUGCUGGCAUCCCAUAUAGGCACCGGUUCAAGUCCCAGCUGUUCCACUUCCGAUCCAGCUCUCUGCUAUAGCCUGGGAAAGCAGCAGAAGAUGGCCCAAGUCCUUGGGCCCCUGCACCCGCGUGGGAGACCCCAAAGGAGCUCUUGGCUUCAGGUUGGCACAGCUCCAGCCGUUGUGGCCAUCUAGGGAGUGAACCAGUGGCUAGAAAACCUCUCUCUCUCUCUCUCUCUCUCUGCCUGUGCCUCUCUGUGACUCUGCCUUUCAAAUAAAUAAAUCUUAAAAAAAAAAAAAAGUUGCUUUAGCAAUAUCAGUAUUAAUGUCAGGAAUUUUAGUGCCUGUUAUUUGCAUUUUAUUCUUAAGCCUUUCCCCCAAAAAAAGAUAAAGAAUUUUUUAUGCUUCUGUUCUUAUUCCUAGCUUCAGGGAAAUAAAUUAUAAAUAAAUAAAUGUAUAACAUGAGCAUUCCCUUCUCAUCACUACCUCUCUGGGAUCUCUCAAUUGUAAUACCAGACUUGAGGUCUCUUAAUUGAAAUAUGGGACAACUUGAUUUAGAUUUUCUGUGUUUUGAACUUAGUACCUUGUUCUUUUUCUCUGUCAAAUAAGCAUUUGGUUAUUUUUUACUUUGCGUUUUCCUUCAGCCUUAACAUCGCAUUAGUAAAAUUUUUGUGUCUGUAUAGUAAUGUUAGAAAUCUAUGGCAUACAGAAUUACUGUUUUUCUUUAUAUUGAUGUAAAACAAAUGAAUUUAUCAGAGGGCUCUGUAAUUGAAGUUGAAUAUUGUAGGAUUUGGGCAGGUUUUAUACCCCUUUGUUGGGUAUAUGUUAGUAUCUAGGUUUGUAAAUACAUAGGGAUUUUCAGUUUUUCUUUGCUUAGUUGAGGUUCAACUCUAUAAAGUACCUGGUAUAACCUGGAAAUAUUUUUAUUGUAUUGAACAUGUAAAGAUUGUACUCGCUGAAUGGGCUAAGGAACAAAAAGCAUUACUUUGGGCCUUCCCUGAACAGGCAGGCAGUAAGGAGAAACCCCAAGAAUCAGGCUCUGAGAGCCGAGAGCCGUCCUGGCUGUCAAGGGGGUCUGUGGAGCAUAUCCUGCGAAGACGGCACGGGUGCCGACAGGUUCAGAGGUGCAGGUGGCGCUCCUGUGCAC